AUGAUUGCUGGGUACGAUAGAGUACUGCUCGAGUGGGACCUAUUGCCCAGCAGGCUUCCACUGCUGCGGCUUUUACACUUGCUGCCCUGGCUAUCUCUACUGUUGCAAUCAGGGGUACAGUUGCUGCGGGGGUCCUUUCUUUUCCUUUCUAUCGCAGAAAAGAUGGAUGUUGAAAACGAAUAUUCUGGAGGUAAAUUGGUUGCUAUGUGGGAAUACCGCGAAUAUCAUAAAGGGUUCAUUGUUGGGGAAUGGUUAUCAAGGAAGGAAACUUGA